AUGUCUCAGGCCGGAUCCGAAGACCGGAACGAACUUUACAAGUCAGCAGUGGCUUUUCUGAACGAUCCUGGCGUUUCAGAUGCGCCUUUAACGAAGAAAAUAGAGUUUCUGCAGAGCAAAGGGUUGACGCAGGACGAGAUCGACAAGGCAUUGAAAGACGCGAAGGACAAGCCUGUAGAGGAGUUCAAUAAUCUCAAAAAGAAGCGCGAGCUUUCCAGUGGCACUUAUCAACAGUAUGAAGCGGUGCCACCUCCCCUGCCGCAGCGGGACUGGAAGGACUAUUUUGUAAUGGCAACCGCUAGUGCUGGGCUGUGCUAUGGAGUGUACCAGCUUGCUAAAAGAUAUGUGGUACCUAAUUUGCUACCGGAGUCGCAUUCAAAGCUGGAGCAGGACAAACAACAGAUCAUGGAGCAGUUUGACCGCAUGGAACAGCUACUCGAGACCAUCGAGACCGAGCAUUCUGCGUCCACCAAAAGAGAAACCGACAAAUUUCAAGAGCUCGAUCAAGUGGUAGUAGAGCUCCAAACGGCGCUGGAGGGCACCAAAAGAGCACGUGACAAGCUGGAAGACGACGUCCGAAUCAUGCGACUGGAGAUCGAGGGCAUCCAAAAGAGCGUUGACACGUUCAUUGCCGAAAACAACAGCAACCCCGCAGUUCGUAAGCUGAACGAGGAAAUCUCAUCGUUGAAGGCGCUGCUUCGGACCAGCGACCUGUUGAAAGCAUCAUCUCCUCCCUCCGAGCAGAACAAAUCACCCUUGCCUGGCGCAGAGGUGAUUCCAUCAGCGUCGGAGAUCUUGGCUAAGAUGAACUUCCCCAAAAAGAGCGACGCUGACACGCCUGCGUGGAAAAAGUCGCGCGAGACUGCUGCGAACGACAAAAGCAUCCCAGAGUGGCAAAAAGCGGCCGCGGAAAAGGCCCCAACGCCGAUUCCCGAAUGGCAGAAAGCCAUGCUCAAUGCUGAAUCGCCAAGUCCCGAAACCGAGUCAUGA